UACAGAAAGCAACGUCUCGGGGCCACUUUUAAGAUAUGGCGCUUAGCUGUGGUGCCAAAUGUGCCAAGGGUGUGCUCAUAACGUUUAAUCUUGUAUUCUGGCUUUCUGGAUGUGCCCUGAUAGCUUUCGGCAUUUUUAUCCUCAUAGAAGAGGAAAAAUCCACACUCUUCAGGCUUUUCCAGGUAGACGAUAACUACGCACACAUUCAAUACUUGGCCUUUGCAUUCAUAGGAAUUGGAGGCCUUGUUUUCAUCGUUGGCUUCUUCGGUUGCUGCGGUGCUAUGCAAGAAAAUAAAUGCAUGCUAGUCGCGAGUUUUUUUCAGUACUUCAUAUUCCUGUUCAUAAUUCUUGGAUCUGAACUAGCUGUUGGAGUCAUGGCCAUUAUUUUCCAAGACAAAGGUGUUUCAGAAAUGGAGGGAAAGCUAAAGGAGACAUUAAAGACAAAAUACGGCGUGGAUCAGCCAGUUACGCAAGCUUUCGAUCUUGCCCAAACGAAGUUCAAAUGCUGUGGUGUCCGGGACCCAAGUGAUUAUCAGGAUAGCGCCUGGAAGCAGAAAACCAACUCGAAUGUGAAUGUGAGUCCUACUUGUUGUGUUUUGAGGAAUGCUGGUCAACCUGAAGCGUAUGUUAAUCCCCAGCCGAUCAACGAAACAUUAUGCCAGAGAGAAGACGGUCUCAACCAACGUUUCAGACAUCAAACAGGCUGUAAAUACAAACUGGAAGCAUUUCUAAGAGAUGAAAGUAUGCUUUUCAUUGCCAUUGGAUGUGGAAUAGCAGCUCUUGAGAUUUUCGGCAUGAUCUUUUCUAUCUGCCUUUGCAAAGAAAUUUGAGAAAUCUAGAUUCCGAGCAGUCCUUAUCCUCUUCUCCAAAUCUCCAAUCAUUUUGCUCAUCCUUAACCCAUUGUCGUAAUCCUACCUGAUCAAGAACUGCAAAGAAUCGUCGUGAACAUUUCGAUAAUUGAGCUGCUCAUUUACAACUUUAGCACAUCCAUUAAGCUCAUCUCAAAUACUUUUUUAGUUAGUUCUUCAACAAGAAAAAAAUCCAUUUUUUUAAUAUCGCAGAUAGGGACAAUAAUUCUAAAAUCUUAGGAAGUAUUAAAAUGCCAGACGUUCUCCAAUAAAUAUAACAAAUCUUAAAAUCAUGUAUUUCAAGUAUUGCAAAAGUCUCCAGUUAUUGAUUUAUUAGCAGCAAUUAUUUUGAAAAGCUAUGAAAUACCUCUGCAAUGCAAUAUUUAUAGGUAUACCAAUAAUAUAAAAUAAAUAAAAAAGUUAGUAAAAUGUUUUAUUUUAGAUUUUCACCCAGAGUGAAGAGUGUUUUAAAUGCGACUGAAAUUGCAAAUCAAGUAUAUAAAAAUGAAUUCAAUGUAAUGUAUUUUUAAUGCGGCUGUUCAUUAAAUUAAUUGCUUUGAUCGACAAUCUGUAGCAGCUGAUUCAUAUGCAAAACGUGCAGAUAAAAUUCUUGGCAGUUA